CGGUCUUGACUUCAAACUGCAGUGAUCAGUGACUGACUGAAACACAAACAAAAAUAUAAAAAUGAAGUGAAAAAAAAAAUCGACAGGAGAAAAAAAUGGAUCAAAACCAGAGAUCAGUAGCUGCAACGACGGCUGCUUCCCGCGGUUACCAGUUUCAUCCGUCUCGUGCCGCCAUUCUCGAUCUCUUCAAUCUCUAUUUAGGAAGAAGUAGCCGCCAAAAACCUGACGAUGCUGCGCGCGAACCACCGAAUAAAACGCAAAAGCGUGUACUUGCUCUUAACCGAGAGUUACCUCCUCAAAAUGAACAAUUUCUUAUGGAUUUUGAGCAAUUGCAGAGCCAGUUUCCGGAUCAAGAUCAGCUCCGAUCGGUAACAGAAUCUGUGCUAAUUUCAUUGGUCAUUCAGUGUUGCAAUCAUGCUCCGCGUGCAGAAUUCUUUUUAUUUGCAUUACGGAGCUUAUGUAGUAUAGGCUAUAUUAAUUGGGAUACUUUUUUGCCGUCUCUUCUUUCUUCUGUAUCCUCGGCAGAAACGUCAGCUGGUCAGGCUGGUCAAACGGUAUCAGGUAUUUCUUCUAUGAAUUUGUCACACUCUGUGAUACUUCCUUCAUCUAGUGCAAUUCCCAAUUCAUCGAAUUUUCAGUCUUCGAAUCCUACAUCCCCAUUACCUUCAGUUCAUGGUAUUGGUUCUCCUGCUCAAUCUGCACUUGAACCUUCUUCACUUGCAACUAUGUCUCCUGUUAAAUCAUCUGAUAUCUCUGGUAAUGGACAUGCGUCCACUGCAAGAAUUAACUCAUCUGUAAGGGACAAUGCUAUAAGUAGUCUACGUCAGCUUUGUUGCAAGAUUAUUUUAACUGGUCUAGAAUAUAACUUAAAGCCAGUGACCCAUUCUGAGAUUUUCCAGCAUAUCUUAAACUGGUUGGUUAAUUGGGACCAACGGCAACAUGGACCUGAUGAAUCUGAUGCUAUGAAAUCUUGGAGACCUGGCAAAGCUCUAAUUGAGUGGUUGCACAGUUGUUUAGAUGUUAUUUGGCUGUUGGUUGAUGAGAAUAAGUGUAGAGUGCCCUUUUACGAAUUAUUGCGGAGUGGUUUGCAAUUUAUAGAGAACAUACCAGAUGAUGAAGCCUUAUUUACACUUACCCUGGAGAUCCAUCGGCGACGAGAUAUGAUGGCCAUGCACAUGCAAAUGUUAGAUCAACAUCUCCAUUGCCCCACAUUUGGUACUCCUCGGACUGUGUCUCAAACAACUUCUAACAUUUCAGUUGAAGCAGCAGCCAACAUGCGCUUUUCACCAAUCACAUAUCCAAGUGUCCUUGGAGAACCAUUGCACGGAGAGGAUCUUGCAAAUUCUAUUCAGAGGGGAAGUUUGGACUGGGAAAGAGCUUUGCGCUGUAUAAGGCAUGCUCUUCGCACUACUCCAUCACCUGACUGGUGGAAGCGAGUGCUCCUUGUGGCUCCCAGCUAUAGAAAUCCUGCACAUGGGCCUACGCCUGGUGCUGUUUUCACUUCUAGCAUGAUUUGUGAGGCAACAAUUGAUAGAAUUGUUGAACUACUGAAGAUAACAAAUUCAGAAGUAAACUGUUGGCAGGAGUGGCUCGUCUUCUCUGACAUAUUCUUUUUCCUUAUGAAGAGUGGAUGUAUUGAUUUUGUCGAUUUUGUGGAUAAGCUAGUUGCACGUCUCACAGAAGGUGACCAGCACAUUCUUCGCACAAAUCAUGUGACUUGGCUGCUUGCACAAAUCAUUAGAGUCGAACUUGUGAUGAACGCGUUAACUACAGAUGCUAGAAAGGUAGAAACAACCAGAAAGAUCAUAUCAUUUCAUAGAGAAGAUCGAAGUUCGGAUCCUAAUAAUCCUCAAAGCAUCUUGCUUGAUUUUAUAAGCAGUUGUCAGAACUUGCGCAUUUGGUCAUUGAACAUAUCAACAAGAGAAUAUCUGAAUAAUGAGCAGCUUCAGAAAGGAAAGCAGAUAGAUGAAUGGUGGAGAACUGUGACCAAAGGUGAUCGCAUGAUUGAUUACAUGAAUAUGGAUGACAGAUCGAUUGGAAUGUUUUGGGUUGUAUCCUACACUAUGGCACAACCAGCCUGUGAAACAGUGGUGAAUUGGUUAUCCUCUGCUGGGGUUUCUGAGUUACCUGGGACGAAUAUGCAGGCCAAUGAGAGAUUAAUGGUGAUGAGGGAAGUAAGCCCAUUACCAAUGUCGUUAUUGUCUGGCCUUUCGCUGAACUUAUGUCUAAAGUUGGUCUUCCAACUCGAAGAUUCUUUAUUUGCCGGGCAGGUUAUUCCUAGCAUUGCAAUGGUUGAAACGUACUGUCGAUUGCUGCUCAUCGCACCUCACUCAUUGUUCCGUUCACACUUUAGUCAUUUGGCACAGAGGUAUCCAUCAUUAUUGAGCAAGCCUGGAGUGACUCUUUUGGUGUUUGAAAUUGUGAACUACCGACUACUUCCAUUAUACAGGUACCAAGGGAAAAGCAAAUCAUUGAUGCAUGAUGUUACAAAAAUAGUUUCUACAUUAAAAGGGAAACGGGGAGAUCAUCGUGUUUUUAGGCUUGCAGAAAACUUGUGUGUGAACCUAAUUUUAUCUCAGAGAGAUUUUUUCUCUGUGAAAAGAGAAGGGAAGGGUCCAACUGAGUUUACUGAAACAUUGAAUCGUGUUACCAUAAUAACUCUCGCCAUUAUCAUAAAAACCCGGGGUAUCGCUGAUGCUGAUCACAUGCUCUAUCUCCAGACUAUGCUAGAGCAGAUUAUGGCAACUAGCCAGCAUAUAUGGUCUGAGAAAACGUUGCGCUACUUUCCUGCUCUUCUUCGGGAUGCCUUAAUUGGGAGGAUAGAUAAAAGGGGCCUCGCAAUUCAAGAAUGGCAGCAGACAGAGACAACUGUUAUUAACCAAUGUACGCAACUUCUUUCUCCAUCUGCUGAGCCUACUUAUGUCAUGACUUACAUCAACCACAGCUUUCCUCAGCACCGACAGUAUCUGUGCUCUGGUGCUUGGAUACUGAUGCAGGGACAUCCUGAAAACAUCAAUAGCGGAAAUCUGGCUUGUGUUUUGAGAGAAUUCUCCCCUGAAGAAGUAACAUCAAAUAUAUACACCAUGGUGGAUGUUCUACUUCACCGCAUUCAAAUAGAACUUCAGCAUGGACAUAAUUUACAGGACCUUCUUCUGAAAACUUGUGCAAACCUUGCAUUUUUUGUUUGGGGUCAUGAGCUGCUUCCUUUGGAUAUUUUACUUCUUGCCCUUACUGACCGUGACGAUGAUCCUCAUGCUUUGCGAAUUGUGAUGAGUCUCCUGGAUAGGCAAGAGCUUCAACAAAGAGUGAAAUUAUUUUGUAUGAAUCGUGGGCCUCCAGAGCAUUGGCUUUUCUCUGGAAUUUAUAAGCGUCUUGAGUUGCAAAAAGCACUUGGCAAUCACCUCUCGUGGAAGGACAGGUAUCCCGUAUUCUUUGAUGACAUUGCAGCCCGUUUGCUUCCUGUCAUCCCCUUCAUUGUUUAUCGACUCAUCGAAAAUGAUGCCAUAGAUCCUGCUGAUAGAAUUCUGGCCAUGUAUUCUCCUUUUCUAGCAUAUUACCCCUUGAGAUUCACAUUCGUUCGUGAUAUACUUGCAUAUUUCUAUGGCCAUCUUCCUGGAAAGCUCAUUGUACGGAUACUAAAUGUUCUAGAUCUCAGCAAGAUACCAUUUUCCGAGUCAUUCCCACAGCAUAUUAGUUCAUCAAACCCUGCUUUAUGCCCUCCUGCCGAGUAUUUUGCAACUCUGUUGUUGGGCAUCGUGAACAAUGUAUUACCACCAUUAAAUACCAACUCCAAGUAUGGAUCACUUGGAGAUGGUUUACUGCGCAAUCCGAAUACCAAGACUCCAGCAACAUCUCAGUCUGGACCAACAAAUAUCUCCGACGGCCAAAAAGCAUUCUAUCAAAUUCAAGAUCCUGGAACGUAUACUCAACUGGUUCUUGAAACUGCAGUAAUUGAAUUACUAUCACUUCCAGUAACUGCAUCUCAGAUUGUAUCAUCUCUUGUUCAAAUUGUAGUUAACAUACAACCAACUCUAAUACAGUCCAGCAAUGGUUUGCAUGGAGCUUCUAGUGGUGUUGGUCAAGGAUCAGUUCUACCAACAUCCCCUUCAGGAGGAAGCACAGAUUCCUUGGGUGCAAGUAGGUCAAGUCCUUCGGUUUCAGGAAUCAAUACUGCUAAUUUUGUUUCCCGAAGUGGUUAUACCUGCCAGCAACUAUCUUGCUUAUUAAUCCAAGCAUGUGGUCUUCUGCUGGCUCAGCUUCCUUCUGAUUUCCACUUGCAACUCUAUAUGGAGGCAGCAGGUAUUAUUAAGGAGAGUUGGUGGCUCACUGAUGGCAAAAGAUCAGUUGGGGAACUGGACUCUGCUGUUGGCUAUGCUUUGUUGGAUCCAACAUGGGCUGCUCAGGACAAUACCUCUACAGCCAUCGGUAAUGUAGUUGCCCUGCUACAUUCUUUCUUCAGUAACCUUCCGCAGGAAUGGCUAGAAGGGACACAUGUAAUUGUUAAACAUCUUAGGCCAAUAACAUCAGUUGCAAUGUUGAGGAUAGCAUUUCGUAUAAUGGGUCCCCUGCUACCAAAACUUGCCAAUGCUCACUCUCUCUUCAAUAAGACACUCUUGUUACUUUUAAACGCUAUGGUUGACGUAUUUGGGAAGAAUUCACAGCCAUCAACUCCUGUUGAAGCAUCAGAAAUAGCAGAUCUUAUCGACUUCCUCCAUCACGUUGUCCAUUAUGAAGGCCAAGGAGGGCCUGUCCAGGGUAAUAGCAAGCCUAGAGCCGAGGUCCUGGCCCUUUUCGGUAGAGCAGCGGAAAGUCUACGUCCUGAUAUACAACAUCUUCUUUCCCACCUGAAACCCGAUACUAAUUCUUCUAUCUACGCCGCCACUCAUCCAAAGCUGGUACAGAAUCCUUCAUGAUCAUUAAAUUUAACUAGGAUAGAUAUUACAUUAUUUAACUAGCUUCCUACUAUAGAUUUUGCUCCACCGUAGUACACUAGACCCUCGAAAUUUUAGGCGUUGCUGGAUUAGAGAAGUGAAAGAAAGAGUAGAACUUGAUUAAACUACUCCUAACCAAUUAACAAAUUAAAGUCAUUUUACUGUGCCAGCCUUGGGGCAUUAAAUUAUAAGAUAUGUCUCAAAACUGUAUCAUGUAAAUAAAGUUGUACAUAUGAAGUGGUGAUGUGGGUCGUGGUUGCCACUUUUCCUGAGCUAUAUAAAGUAGUAUUAGUUUUUUCUUCUGGUAGAAAUUUGAAUUUUUAUUUUUAUAAUUAUUGUGUUGGACUUGGAAGCUAUUGGUGGUUUUCAUCAGGACAGAUUCUAGUGAAUGAAUACAUUACACAAUUUGAAUC